GGGCGCACUCGUCCGUGUCAGACAGUUAUCUGGUAAUCUGAGCCAAAGCAAGCUCUCUAAACAGAAUGUGAGAGAAAGACGAGGACCAGGGUGAAAAAGAAGAGGAUGAGACACCAGAAGAAGGAUUGACGUGAGGAAGGCCGGACAGACAUCUCCCACACGCUUCUUCCUGGACGCUAAACGCCACGUUUGGUUUGGCUGAUGAUCCGACUGGGGUCAGCGGCCAUGCUGGCAGUCUUGUUCUGCUGCCAGGCGUCUGCGGACUGCUCGCAGCCGGCCUGCAGGGACCAGUUGGUGGCAGCAGCCUGCCAGGGUCAGACACCCUGCAGGGACAAGUUGGUGGCAGCAGCCUGCCAGGGUCAGACACCCUGCAGGGGGGCAGUUUUGCUCCCGGCCAUCUCGGACGCCCCUCGGCGGGUGGAGCACAAGCCGGACUUGGGCAGGUUUCGUCCUCAGGGCGGCGGCGUGAAGGAGCGGCUGGUGCGACUGCAGCGCUGCAUGCUCUCCCUGCAGGACACAGACGGGGUCUGGAUAGGCCAGGACAGCAACUUGCUGGGCGGCAUCCUGGCUCUAAUGGCGGCCGUGCUGACGGAGUGUGACCUCCACUGUCACAGCCAGGUCCUCGGGGCCAUGGCUAAACGGCUGGGAAGUGCAGCCGUGGGAAGAGAAGGAGAGAAAGACCUGCUUCUUUUCCUCAAGAGCAUUACACGUCCGACAGUCGCACCGUUGGAAAGGUUGCAUCCUCUGGACUGUGCAGAGAUUUACAGGCUGGGGGUCAAAGAGAACGGCAUCUACACCAUCCAGCCUGAGCUUGCCGGACCAGCAGUCGAGGCUAAAUGUGACAUGGUGACGACGGGAGGCGGGUGGACCGUGGUCCAGAAUCGUCAGGACGGUUCGGUGGACUUCAACAGGACGUGGCAGGAAUACCGGCGUGGCUUUGGCAAUCCUCAGGGGGAGCACUGGCUGGGCAACGCCGCCUUGCACGCGCUCACGUCCGCCGGCCAACACCAGCUUCGUGUGGAGUUGGAGGACUGGCACCAGCAGAGGCGCCACGCCACCUACAACCACUUCAAAGUGGGCGCGGAGGCACAGAGGUACCGCCUGACAGCGCGCGAGUACUCCGGUGACGCAGGCAACGCGCUGAGCUACAGCAAACGUUACAACCACGACGGCCGAUCCUUCAGCACCACCGACCGGGACCACGACCGCUACGCCGCCGGUGGCUGCGGUCAGUACUACGGCGCGGGCUGGUGGUUUGAUGCCUGCCUGGCCGCCAACCUGAACGGGCGCUACCACCGGGGGCGCUACAGCGGGGUGACCGACGGCAUCUACUGGGGGACGUGGUACAUCCUGACUGACGGGCGAACUGGCGAGCGCUAUUCCUUCAAGAGAGUAGAGAUGAAGAUAAGACCACGCAAUUUUGCUGGCUCAACCUGAAGCUGGCGGAAAGGAAGGCAAGCUGCAGAUGAGACGCUUGUUUGCAGUGACUGUAAUUUUCUUUUUUACUUUUUCUAAACUCAACUCACAGAGAAAACGUUCAUACAUGCUAUUGAAAUAAAUGUUGCAUAAAGUAGGUACAUAUCCUGAAUGUUUUGGUUGACUUUUAACCCUUGUAUUAUGUUGGAAAAAAAUUACAUUGGUUAUGUUGCGGGUCAUUUUGACCCGUACUGUGUAAAUGCACUCAAAACAGUCAAGAAAACAGGUUAAACCAAUAACAAUUUUAUUUUAGGUUAUAUAAACAUUUAGAAAAGUGACAUACAAUACAUUUUUUAUUCCAAUUGUAUUAUGUUAAGGGUCAAUUUGACCCAUUUCA